AACCUUAACUUCCUGCAUGAUAUAUCACUCAAAUAAAACAACACCAACAACAAUAGUCUCUUCAUUACUACACUUCCUACUACUUAUUCCCUUUGUAUAUCUGCUCAAAAUGUCUCUUAACAAAGUUCUAACAAAUGGCACAAACUGCAUCAACAGUCAUUUGCCCAAACGCAUAAUCCUAGUCCGUCAUGGCGAAUGUUUAGCAAAUGUUGACAUCAAUGUUUACGGAACAACCCCAAAUCACAAGAUUGAAUUGACCGAAAAAGGAAUUGAGCAGGCUAAGCAAAGUGGAAACCAAAUCAAGAAACUUAUUUCUGAAAAUGCUAGUAAUAAUUGGAAGGUUUUUUUCUAUGUUUCCCCUGCAGAGCGAACGAGAAGGACGUUGAGAGAGAUGGGUGGAUCGUUCGCGAAAAAGAGAGUGAUGGGGGUGAAGGAAGAAUACAGGCUGAGGGAAUUGAGUUUUGGCAACUUUCAUGAUCCUGCGGGUAUAGAAAAGGUUAAGAAGGAAAGAUUUACGUAUGGGAGGUUUUAUUAUAGAGUUCCUGGUGGUGAAACUGGGGCUGAGGUUUAUGAUCGUAUAUCAAGUUUUGUUGAAUGCUUGAGGAAGGAAAUGGAAAUGAAGAAGUUCUGUCACGACCCUUGUCAAGAGAGCAACAUCAUCAUUGUUACCCAUGGACUGUCGAGUCGCAUCUUCCUCAUGAAAUGGUUCGACUGGACCAUUGAGCAAUUUGAGGAUCUUAACAGGAUAAAACUUAGUGAAUUUCAAGUUCUGCAAUUAGGUCAAGGAGGGGAGUAUAGCUUAGCUUUUCAUCAUGAUGACAAGAAACUUCAAGAAUGGGGACUAUCUCCUGACAUGAUAGAGAAUCAGAAAUAUAGAGCUUAUGGUCCUACAAGGGUUAAUUCUCAGGGAACUUGUGAUGUAUAUCCUUUCAUGGAUUGUUUUGCAGAAGAUUCAGAUGAUGAGAACACUUUAUCCAAGUACUAGUCCCUUUUUAAGGUGUAUGUGUAAGCCAAUUAGUUAAGAUGUUGGACAUCUCUACUAGUUAGUUUUAUUGUAAUCAAUAAGAUUGUCAAAGUACUUAAUGUCCUCUC